AUGUGGCAGCCUCCACUGCUGACAUUGCUGCUUCUACUCCUCCUCUCGACGUUGGGGGUGGAGGGAUGGAACGUUGGCGAGAUUAUCCCAGUCACUCUGCACAUGCGUCUUAAGCGUGUAUCGCCAAACAUCGUCGUGGGACGCAACGACAUGGACGACGUCAACGACAUGCGGGACUUUGAUCAAGGUGAGCAGUUUCUCCGACCGCUGCCGCCUGACUUCUGCCCACGCUUCGGCAUCAACAGACGGGUACACCAGCCCGCCAAGCUACUCUUUGAGCACGCACGUAGGCACGCAAAAGUAUCCGGCCGGUCACUAAGCGACGUUGCCGUGCGCUUCCAGCUGGAGCGCGGACUCAGCAAAUCCACCGCGUGGCUACCGCUUCUGAAAAGUACCGUGCGGACGCCCCUCUACGGGGUAAAAACGCCACCCAAAAAGACCAGUCAAGAUGAGCACGUGCUCCACCUGGCCGCCGUCACCUUUAGCUUCGGCUACCAGGAGGGCACGUUCAACAAAAUAACGGCAUUUCAUGCGGAGGCGGUUUACGCCACCGUACAGCAUGACGAGAUCGAGAUACAGUACCGCUGGGAGGAGCACCGUGCCUACAACUCGCACAGGGCCCUCAGUGUCUGCGCCUUCGUCUCCGUCUUUGCCACAAUCGCCGUCCUCUACGUGAUCGUAUUCGCAAAAAACAGCCUAUCGAAGGAGUUGCGGCAAAGACAUGUCACACUGCGCAACCACCGGGAGUGA